AUUUUCUACAACCGAGAUGCCGCGCUCCAAGCGAACGCCGCAGCGUGUUUUGAAUACAGCAACUGACGCUGAUGAUAAUGAUGUUGGUGAUGGUGAUGUGAGCCAAGAGUAUGUCGUGUUGCCGACAGAGCAGCAGGCCAUGGACACGGCUGGCGACUACGCUUCAUCUACAGCAUUGUCAGCCCAGCCCCAGUCGCAGCAACAGCAGAAUGUGUCCCACAAGGAAUACGAAGCAUUGACGGCAAUCAUGAACCUUUCUGGGGAUAGGGCACAGGCCUCCUCAUCCUCAGCGGCUGCAACAGCAACUGGGCCGCAAGUUGCGGGUUUGGCGUCGCCGAUUGCGGCUGCUGCUGCUGCUGCUGCUGCAUCCCGGCCCGCCAUCAGCUCUCCGUUGACGAAAGGCGCGACGCGGGGCACGCCAGGCCGCAGACCAAAGCGAGAACAAAGCGCAGAUGAGGGACCCCCGACGAAGCGGGGUAAGGUGAAGACCCCGCGUCGACAGCCGCGCCCGUCCCUGCGCGGAAGUAAAACCAGCAGCCCCGCCCGCGCCGCAGACAACGACCCAGAACUCCAGCCGUGGAUGGUUGACAUGGCACACCGGCUGACCAAAGGCCUGAAGACGCGCCUCUUCCUCUGCUGGAGCAUGUACGAAUUCUUCUACUCGUCGCUCGACAAAGUAAUUCUGAAGGACAUUCGGCCCUUUGAGGAGUUCCUCACCCGCACAUUUCCAAACGUCGCCACGGUGCGCGAGUUCCGGCGACCCGAGUGGUUCUUCAUCCGGAAGCAGUUUGGGCGGCGUCCGCGCCGGUUCAGUCCCGCAUUUGUCAAGCAGGAGCGCCAAUGGCUCAUGACACACCGGGCUGUGCUGCGGCAGCUGCAGUAUGGGGAGUUUGCGUCGACCAAAGGCCUCGACCUCCCGCCAGAUGUCCCGCUCGUCCUCUCCGUCGGCGACCGCGUGCUCGCCAAGCUGCUGCCUUACAAAGGCCUGCUGUCGACGGGCAUGAUCCUUGCUGUUCUCUUCCGCGAGGACUCAUAUCGCAUUGCCUUUGACCGCAAGGAGCUCGGCAUCCAGACCGUCCCCGCCGAAGACGUCGCGCCGCUGGAGGCGCCGCGGAUGAUCUCGAGUGCGCGCUUGAUCAAACAGACGGCCAUCGCCCACGAGAAGACGCAGGCACAGGCUACACCGACAAGUCAAACGAAAGCAAGCGCAACUGCGCCGCCCCGCCCCCGCACGAGUGUCAUCGGACGCGAAUUCCCAACUCGCCGCGACCAUCCAAACCCAGAGUCGAUCGAGGAAAUUAUGGAGCUGUUCUUUGCAGAGAUUGAGGCGGAUCUUCCAUCCACCAGCGUCCCAUUGCUCAUGGCGCACUUGACGAAAGUUGUGCAGAUGAAGAAUGAACUCCUCGAAGCUGCAAAGACGCUCCCAGACUCCCUCCUCUAUGCGGAGAGCGCGCAGCACAUGGACGCCGGGCACCUGCGAUGGAUCCUGGACACCCUGCAGAAGUUGCGCACGGCUGGCAAGGCGUUGCUUGCGCGCAUCCACGAAGGCAUGGACAUACACGCGAGUGGCGGGCGCCUGCAGGACACGCACGUGACCACGCGCCACAUCCACACGCAGCGGAACCGCCCCAUUGUGCUGCCAGACGCGACGGAAGCCAGCCUGGCGGUGGACGCUGAGCAUGUGGCGGAUGUUGCGCGGCGCUCACUCCAGGGCGCCACGUCACUUGUGGAUAUGCAGGCGAACCAGUCCCUCGCCGGCGACACCACCAACGUCAUUGCAAACCUGAUGGCCGUCCUCUUUGCCAUUCAGAAUGCACUGCGGGAGAACAUGCCAGCGGACGAAUUCCAGGCGCUGGUGGACGAGAUGUACCAGCAGCUCAGACACGCAGACAUCCCAACAUCGCUGUGCAACAGCAUCCGCUACCAGCUCGACGCCAUUCGCCAGCAGGUCUUCCACGGCAACGACCUCCGCGUCACAUGAUGCGCCCUGCGCAGUUUACGUGUGUGUGUGAAAGAGGGAUUUCGCUGUUGCCCACACCACCCACCACCGCCUUGCGUCGUUACUUUCACUGCCCUCUUGUUCUGGUUCUGGUUCCGUGGCUGAGUGUUCAUGCUGUGUCGUGUCAUCCACAGUAAAAGCCCGCCAACCUGCACA